AUGGCGCUGCUAUCGGCCCCUCUCACCGCUACUCGCGGCUGCAUGCUGUCUGUGGCGCAGCCACUCCCCGCCCCCCGUGCGCGCACCACCCCCGCAUGCGCGCUCCCCUGUUCCGCGCGCCCCCUUCCCGUGAGCCGCGCAACACGGCGUUCGUACGCGUUGACAACCUCCCCGUUAGCGGCGCGCCUGAGGGGAUGGCGGCGUGCUUCCGCUUCUGAUGACAACAGUGCCAAAGAUACAGCUGACGUGGCACGCAGUGAGGAUUACACGCCUCAAGCUGACGUGGAUGAUGUUUCUGAUGACGUGGCGGAGGCAUCAGCGGCAGCGGCUGAGCUGGCAGCUGAGAUGGCGGGCGAGGCUGCGGCUCAGGCUGCCAGCGUGUAUGCCGCCACGACUUCUGCUGAGGGGAUGGAGGGGGAGGAGGAAGUGGGAAGUGAGGAGCGGAAAGGGGAGGGCAGUAAGGGGGCGGUCUCAGCUUCAUUGGCCGCUGGGGAGCCUGCUGCUGGCGGUGCUCCCUCUGAUGUCGAAAAGGAGAGCCAGCAGCAGCAGGAGCAGCAGCAGCUGCCGCCACCUAGUCGUCCUCUGCCACGUCAGCAGCUGGCCUCCAGCGUGCCAGCUGUAACAGGCCUGCGGCGCACGGUGUGGGGGCAGGAGGGCGUGGCGCCACAGUACCCCCCGUUACAGGAACACGUGACUGUGGACGUGGCGGUGGUGGGGGCCGGCAUCAACGGGCUCAGCGUGGCGUACGCUCUGCUGGAUAAACACCGCAAGGCCAAGGGCGCGGGAGGAGGAGGAGGCAAGGACCUGUCAGUGGUGGUACUAGAAGCACGUGCCAUUGGUUCGGGCCAGACCGGUCGCACCACGGCACACCUGAUGCCGUGGAACGACGACUACUACAGCGUGCUCGAGCGGCUCUUCGGGCGGCGGCGGGCGGCACUGGUGGGCAGGAGCCACGUGGCGGCCAUUGAUUGGGUGGAGCGCGUGGUGCGGGAGCACGGGAUCGAGUGCGAGUUUGAGCGCGUGGACGGGUACCUCUUCCCCCAUGACAACUCCGAUGAGGCGAAUCGCAAGAUGCUGGAGGAGCUGGCGGCGUGUGGGCGCAUCGGCCUGGCGGACACGUCGCUGGUGGACCUGCAAGGCGAUCCCGCCCUCGGCUCGCUCUCCUCCGCCCUGCGCUUCCCCAACGCUGCUGACUUGCACCCCCUCAAGUACAUACAGGGGUUAGCGAGCGCAGUUACAGCAAUGGGAGGAAAGAUCCACGAGAACACGCGGGUGAUUCGCAACUCCUCGCUCUCCACCACUCUCGAGCUCAACACGGGCGUGCGCGUGACAGCUGGCAGCGUCGUAUUGGCCACCAACUCGCCCAUCAAUCACAACCUGGCGGUGCACUCGAGGCAGAGCGCCUACAGGACCUACGUUGUGGGGCUGGCUGUGCCCAAAGGGAGUGUGCGCCGCGCUCAGUGGUGGGACACGGCCUCCCCCUACCACUACGUGCGCAUCGCUCCGAGCCCGAGCGAAUCAGAGACAGACACGCUCAUAGUGGGAGGGGAGGACCACCCCACGGGGGUGCUGGCGCCUAGGGAGUACCCGCAGGCGUAUGCACGCCUAGAGAAGUGGGCGCGGGAGAGGUGGACGAGCGCAGGAAAAGUCGUUUUCAGGUGGACGGGGCAGGUGAGACUUCUAGAAGUGCCCCUGCUCCAGGCCCUGGGGGAAGGGGCGGAGACAGACACGCUCAUAGUGGGGGGCGAGGACCACCCCACGGGGGUGCUGUCUCCUAGGGAGUAUCCGCAGGCAUAUGCACGGCUGGAGAAGUGGGCCAGGGCGAGGUGGACAGGCGCUGGACGAGUGGUCUUUAAGUGGACUGGCCAGGUGUACGAGCCAGUGGACCUCCUUGGGCUGUACAGCAAGAGCCCUCUUUCUCCCUUCAUUGCCCUGCCCCAUUAUCUCGCCCCAUUCCACUGCAUGCCUCCGCACCGCUCUCAACCCCUCUGCACGCAGGUGUACGAGCCAGUGGACCUGCUGGGGCUGUACGGCAGGAAUCCCCUCGUGAACCGGCCGACCAAAGUCGUCUACAUUGUCACAGGCAACAGCGGGCAGGGCAUGACGGGUGGCACCAUAUCCGGGCUCGUGGUAUCAGAUCUGAUUCUGUCGGGGCGCAGCGAGUGGGAGCAGCUGUACGACCCGCGGCGCCUGCCACCGCUCUCCCAGGAGACAGCGCAGAGCAUCACGAGCAUCACAGCGCACACGGCUCAGGGCUAUGCCUUCGAUCUGCCAGUCGUGCCAGGAGAUGAGCGCUCAGUGGACAAGGUGAAACCGGGGGAGGGUGCGCUGGUGGCGGUGGGGCUGCACAAGCAGGCCGUGUACCGCACUGAAGCAGGCGAGCUGAAGCAGUACUCAGCUAUCUGCCCGCACCUCAAGUGCGCGGUCAGGUGGAACCCCAACGACAAAACUUUUGACUGCCCGUGCCACGGGUCCCAGUUUGACACUUCAGGGAGGGUGAUUCAGGGACCAGCCAAGGCCAACCUCUCCCCUGUAUCACGUGAUGGUUGCUGUGGGUGA